AUGUCUGCCGACGUCCCCGAAUCCAUCCCCACGUCUGCCGACCCUCGUUCGCGUCGUCCCACCAAACGCCGCGCCCUCACGCCCUCGUCCGCCCAAGCCGCCUCGGUCGACGCCCUCUUUUCCAAACCCGACCGCGACAUUCGCCUUCCCUCCUCUUCGCAGCGCCCCACCCACGCCGGAAGUCGCCCGCCCGAGAUAGUAACCAACGUGCAGGGAUCGUCGGCCGGCGCGGGCUCGGGCGAGUUUCACGUGUACAAGGCGGCAAGGCGGCGCGAGUACGAGCGGCUGCGCGAGAUGGAUGCCGAGGUGAAGCGCGAGCAGGAGCAGGAGACGUUUGUGAGGGAAAAGGAGCGCAGGGAGAAGCAGGACGCGGAAAAGACGAGGAAGAAUAGGGAGAGGAGGGAAAAGAUGAAGCAGCGCAAGGCGAAAAUGGGAAAAGGUAGUAGUAGUAGUGGUAGUGGUGGUGGUGGUGGUGGUGGUGGUGGUGAAGGGGGGAAUGGCAAGAUGGCGAAUGGGCAGGGUAUCAAGCCGGCGCAAGUUUCGACAGAGAAUGGGAAAGAGGAGGAAAGUAAUGGAGAAAUGGCAAAGAUCGCGACAGCAACGUCAGAAGCAGGCCUCGUCAUUCACGACGAUGAUUAG